AUGCUAAAAAUCAAGGCCCAUUCAUUCGAUACCCAGUUUGAAGAAAAAUCUCUCCCUCGGGGAAUCGAACCCCGGUCUCCCGCGCUUAUCGGUAUUAAUGACAAGCGGAAAUCAUCACCACUAGACCAAGGAAGAUGCGAUGGUCGAGUUACUGCUCGGCCACUUGGCUGGUUGAUGGAAGGUGCGGCACAUUAUGGCUUUAUGAGCAAAAUCUUAGACCGAUCCUCCCAAAAACACAAUAAUUGUCGAAGUUUCGAUCAACAAUUUAUUUAA